AUGAAGAAGUUUCGAAAGGUACUGGACGGCCUGUCAUCCUCCUCCCCGGGGGGUGUCGCGUCCCCGUCGUGCGGCAGUGCAGCUGGUACUCCGACCGCUCAUGCGCCCACUCCCCAGGAUAUCCAUGUCCAGGAGACGCUAGUCUCGGAAAACUUUCAGAUAUGCAAGACGGUGCGCCAUGGCUUCCCGUACCAGCCCACCUGCCUGGCCUUCGAUCCUGUCCAGAAGAUCCUGGCCAUCGGCUCCAGAACAGGAGGCAUACGGAUCCUGGGACGGCCUGGUGUGGACUGCUAUAGCCAGCAUGAAAGUGGAGCCGCUGUCCUCCAGCUACAGUUCCUCAUCAACGAGGGGGCGCUGGUUACGGCAUGUGCAGACGACACGCUACAUCUGUGGAACCUUCGCCAGAGACGCCCAGCCAUCCUGCACUCGCUUAAAUUCAACAGGGAGAGGAUCACUUUUUGCCACCUCCCCUUCCAGAGUAAAUGGCUGUACGUGGGCACAGAGCGUGGCAAUACACACAUCGUCAACAUCGAGUCCUUCGUUCUGUCUGGAUACGUCAUCAUGUGGAACAAGGCCAUAGAAUUAGCAACUAAAGCACAUCCAGGGCCCGUGGUCCAUCUGAGUGACAGCCCGAAGGAUGAAGGCAAGUUGCUGAUAGGGUUUGAGAGUGGAACAGUAGUCCAGUGGGACCUCCGAGCCAAGAAGGUUGACUUCAGAAUCUACUACGAUGAGGCUAUCCAUUCUGUUAGCUGGCAUCAUGAGGGGAAGCAGUUCAUGUGCAGCCACUCAGAUGGCAGCCUGACUAUGUGGAACCUGAGAAACACAGCCAGGCCCAUUCAGAUCACCUACCCUCACGGGAAGAUACUGAAGGACGGGAGGAAAGAGUCGUGUAAGCCCAUCCUCAAGGUGGAAUACAAGACCUCCAGGAACAGUGAGCCCUAUGUCAUUUUCUCUGGGGGUCUGUCAUAUGACAAGUCCGGUGGAAGGAGGCCCACCCUGACCAUCAUGCACGGCAAGGCCAUCACGGUGCUGGAGAUGGACCACCCUAUUGUAGAGUUCCUAGUACUCUGUGACACCCCAUACUCCAACGAGGUCCAGGAUCCUUAUGCAGUGGUUGUGCUUUUAGAAAAGGACUUCAUCGUGGUGGAUCUGACACAGAGCAACUUCCCCAUCUUUGAGAACCCCUACCCAAUGGACAUCCACGAGUCUCCUGUCACCUGUACGGCUUACUUCGCUGAAUGCCCUCCUGACAUCAUCCCCAUCCUCUACUCCAUAGGGGCCAAGCAGAAGAAGACUGGCUACAGCCACAAGGAGUGGCCAGUGAGCGGUGGCACAUGGACACUAGGCUCACAGACCUACCCAGAGAUCAUCGUCACAGGACACGCAGACGGAACCGUAAAGUUUUGGGACGCCUCUGCUAUUACACUGCAGAUGCUGUACAAGCUGAAGACGUCCAAGGUGUUUGAGAAGCCCAAGGUGGGAGAGGGUCGGAUGGGCGAGCUGGUAGAGGAGGACCCCUACGCCGUUCAGAUGGUCAGCUGGUGCCCACAAAGCCGUCUCUUCUGUGUGGUGGGCAUUUCUGCCCACGUCAUCCUCUACCGGUUCAGCAAACAUGACGCCAACACACAGAUAGUGUCACUAGAGGUGCGUCUGCAGUUUGAUUCGGAGGACGUCAUUUCCCCGUCAGAGGCAGAGAACAACCCGUGUUUCUCGGACCCCAGCUCCCACUCCCCCCAGCCGCCCGGUAGCCCUGGCAGUGGCACACAGGACAGCCUCCCCUGCCUCAAGGUGAAGAAUCGUCCAGUGCGGAUGCCCCCGGGGUACCAGGCUGAGUUGGUGGUGCAGCUGCAGUGGGUGGAUGGAGAACCCCCCCAGCAGAUCACCAGCCUGGACAUCAACUCUGCCUACGGCCUCCUAGCGUUUGGGAACUGUAAUGGGCUCACGGUGGUGGACUUCCUUCAGAAGACGAUCCUGAUGUGUAUGGGCACACUGGACCUGUACGGAGCCGCAGACCCCUACCAACGACUCACACGCUCCCCACGCAAGAACAGACAGUCCACCUCAGACUUUUGCAUGCGCGGCCUGUCUCACUUUUAUUCCGAUUCAAAGAAAAGGAUCCGUACGUCCUAUCAGAGCCUUACAGAACUCUCCGAUAACCAGGUAUCCAUGGACAUGGAGAGAAGCAAGUCACCCACCUCAGAUCAUGUCAAUGGACAUUGCACUAGUCCCACCUCCCAGCCCUGCUCCGUGGGGAAGCCUCGCAUCACAGGGGUUCCCGAGGGCCCGCGGCUCACCCGGAGAGGGCCUGGCCGACCGCCCUUCCGCAAGGCCCAGUCCGCCGCUUGCAUGGAGAUCUCUUUGCCUGUUUCCUCCCACACAGAAGAAAGUAGAGAGAACUCAUUCAGUCGCUCGCGGAGCUCCAGUGUGUCCAGCAUCGAUCGCGACACCAAGGAGUCAGUGACCACGUUGCAGUUCGGAGAGUCCUGCGGCCGUAAGGGCGAUGCUCUGCCUACCGCCUGCCUGUGGGUGGGCACCAGCCUGGGCGUGGUCCUGCUCCUGCCCAUAUCCAUCCCCACAGAAGAGGAGGAGAGGAUGGAGGAGCCCAUCACCAUGGGGCCCAGUGGUACCGUCUUGAUGCUAAAAGGCUCUGUGUUGCGAUUUGCCUUCCUGGACUGUGGGGGCGCUCUCAUUCAGAGUCCCUACGAGGUGUGGCGGGACCCCAACGGUCCCGAAGACCCCGACCGGCCCCGCAGGCGCAAGCUGGUCAACUUCUCCCCGUCAUCAUCCCAGGAGGCGUGCAGUGACGGUCACCUGGCCAUUGUGUGCUCUGAGAAGCAGGCCAAGGUCAUCCUCAUGCCCACCCAGGCUGUCCUGUUCACCCACAACAUCACCGAGUCCUCCUUCCUCCUGCGGGCUGACGUUGUCUCCGUCUGCAACAGCGUCUGCCUCGCCUGCUUCUGCGCCAACGGACACAUCAUGACCCUAAGUUUGCCCAGUCUAAGACCCCUGAUGGAUAUCAACUACCUUCCCCUGACCGACUUGCGUAUCGCCCGGACCUUUGUCUUCACUAACGGAGGCCAGGCCCUGUAUCUGAGCUCUCCUACAGAGAUACAGCGCCUCACAUACAGCCAGGAGAUGACGGACAACCUACAGGACAUGCUGGGGGAGCUGUUCACUCCUAUAGAAACACCAGAGGCCCAGAACAAAGGAUUCCUCAAGGGCUUCUUCGGGGGCAAUGCCCAGACCUUCGACAGAGAGGAGCUGUUUGGGGAGGCAGCAGCGGGUAAGGCCUCUCGGAGUUUGGCCCAGCACAUCCCUGGUCCAAUGGGAUUGGAGAACAUGAAGACUGCAGCCGGCGGCGUCGUGGGGGACCUGGCCCGAGCCCGCAUCGCCCUGGACCAGAGAGGAGAGAGGCUGGGCGAGCUGGAGGAACGCACCGCCCUCAUGAUGAACAGCGCCGAGACCUUCUCCACACACGCCCACCAGGUGAUGCUGAAACAAAAGGACAAGAAAUGGUAUCAGCUUUAAAGGCAGGACAGCGGGCUGUGACUGCCCCUCCACCUGGUGGGGGGCACUAUGCUGGGACAUGGACCUUUACUCGACGGACAUGAGAGCGAUAGAGAGAGACACAAGAGGGACUUUGUAUUAAUGGGCCUCUCUGUAGGCCGUCUGUACAUCAUUGUCACAAGACUUGGACAGAGGGCAGUCACUUAUCUAGACUAUAGUGAGAUGGACACAGACCAGGAAGUAAGUUGGUACAACAGGGGAACCCAAAGUGGAUGAUGACAGUCCAUCAGUGUGUGUGGGUGGGUUACCCAGAUCUUGCUGUGUAGAUACUCUAAAGUUAAUAAUCCAACAAGACUGCAUGAAACUAAACAGAUGAAUACAAAAAAAGUUAAACUGCAAUAUUAAAAAGCAGCAUGCUACUUUAACAGAGGGAAAUAAAACAAAAUAAAACUUUUAUUUAAUAAUAUAAGCCAACAACAGAAAGUAUGAAAAAAACUUUAUAUUUUUUGAAAUAUGGAAAAAAAUAUAUAUAAAAACGAAAAUGUAUUCCUGCAUAGCUAUAAAGCCACAUUUCUUUUUUUAGCCUUUUUUAUUACUUUCAUUUGGUUUUUGAACACAUUCUGAACACACACAUAAUUUCAGUCUCAAUACUUUCUUUACACAAUACUACUACUGAUGAUACUAUUCAUAUUCCCACCAUUAGACACUGAGCUCAAACUAUAUCGUUAUCCAAGAUCUCUGUGGUGUACACACAGUGCAAAAACACAAUCUAGUUUUUCAACGUAUACCACUCCACACAUUCUGAACAACAGAAUUGUCAAUUUUACUGGCACUAAUUUCAUUCUCUUGGCUGCUACUACUGACUAUACCUGUUACCAGGAAAAAAGGUACAUUUCACCCCCCCUGCCAGAAAUGUGUGAACACAGAGAAUAUAUUGAUUAAUAAUGUGUGAACACAGAGAAUAUAUUGAUUAAUAAUGUGUGAACACAGAGAAUAUAUUGAUUAAUAAUGUGUGAACGGUCAUGGAAAUGAGUUGGCUGAGGUGCCACGGUGAUAGUAGACUGUGAGGUCUGGACUGAGUGUGUUUAUAUUUCUAAUCUGAACAUAUAUAACAUCAUGUAAUAAUUCACGUGCCAUAAAUCAAGAUGGGUGAAGCCCCUUACUGUAAACUAGCAAAGAGCUAAUACUAUGUGGUAGUAAUGAUGUGUUUGCUGUAGAUAAGAGUAGGCUAGCUGAGCCCAACUUUUCAGUAUGGCCGUUGAUAGGCGUCUGUCGCUGUAACUGAGUUUCUGGUUCUUUUGACAGAAUUGUGACACUCUUCUUUUAAUGUUUUGUUUUUGUUGUUGUUUGUUGCUUCUUCAUUGGAAUCUUCUGCUGCCUUUCUCAUAUUAUGUAUGAGUUUGUUGAGCCAGUGUGUGUCUCAAGCAAGCCCAUGUAAAGACAAAACUCUUACUCUUUCUUCUGCCAAAGCAAUUCACGAAUGAAGGUGUCAGUUGGA